AAGUGCACAAACUGGUUCGUUUGCCUGGCCGCCGGUGCUGCUGCUGCUGCUGGAACAUCUACAGCGUCAACGGAAGGAAACUGCAACACUGACGCGACUCUUCACUCAUUUCAGAGGAAUAUCGCGGCUUUUGCACAUUUUCUUUAAGGCGUUCAUACUUAAAGAGAAGAGCCGAGUCCUUCGUCCAUGGCCAGUCCGGUUGCAGACCUUGGACAGUCUCAUCAGCAUCACCCUGUGUCGGAGUGGGCCGCCGACUCUGCGUUUCUGGAGGCUCAGAAAUGGAUCGAGGCUGCCACUGGACGGUGCUUUGGUGACAAGGAUUUCCGAGGAGGUUUAGAGAACGGGAUUCUGCUGUGCGAGUUACUGAGCUCCAUUAGGCCUGGCUUGGUAAAGAAAAUUAACCGACUGCCAACACCAAUAGCUGGCCUGGACAACCUGAGUGUUUUUCUGCGAGGCUGUGAGGAGUUGGGACUUAAAGGGUCGCAGCUGUUUGACCCAGGAGAUCUGCAGGACACAUCCACACGUCCUGCUGCCAAGGGAAGCGACUGCAGCCGAAGGCUCAAGAAUGUUUUAAUCACCAUCUACUGGCUCGGUCGUGCUGCCAACAGCUGCACCUCCUACAACGGGCCCACGCUGGACCUAAAAGAGUUUGAGGGAUUGCUGUCACAAAUGCGAAAGGAGGCAGAGGUGGCAGAAAGUCCUCAACGCAGCAUUCGGGACAGCGGCUACAUCGACUGCUGGGACUCCGAACGCAGUGACUCGCUCUCCCCGCCACGCCACGGACGCGAAGAUUCAUUCGACAGUCUGGACUCCUUCGGCUCGCGCUCGCAACAGACUCCGUCGCCGGAUGUCCUGGUCCCACGCGGCAGCAGUGAUGGCCGCGGCAGUGACUCAGAGUCCGACGGCACCCCUAACAGGAAGAUGCCGGACCUCCACAAGGACGACAUGUUGGCGCGCCGGACAUCAGUCACUGAGCUGCGCACCGCCAUGCCUUUCAACCAGUACCUCCCCAACAGGAGCAACCAGAGUGGAUACGUGCCAGCUCCGCUUCGCAAGAAGAAGAACGAAAAGGAGGAGGGAGGCCACAAGAGCUGGAGUACCGCUACAUCACCUGUAGGGGGAGGCAGACCCUGUAGUAUUCCAGCUCGCUCGUGCUCAGAGGAACUCUUCCAGUACUUGGCAGCUGUGUCACCCAGCGCUACCAGCCGUACUGGGAAACGUCCGACCGCGACGGACCAGGAGGAUGCGGGAUGUGCAGCAGCUGCAGGAGCAACCGAUGCAGGCGGAUUGAAGGGAAGGAGUGACGGAGAAGAAGCAAAGGAAGAGAAAUCUUGUUUGGGUCGUUGUCUUCCAGCAACCCGCUGUGAUAAUUUUUCAGAUGAGCCACAGAGUUUGAGUAUGAUCGACAUGCGUGGUGAAAACGAGGCCAUCCUGCAGCCGCACAGUCACAUUCGACAUGAGCUGAUGCACAACCAGUACAACAGAAUAAAAGAAGAUGAGAAUCACUGGCAGGAAGACCUGGCUCGUUGGAAAAGUAGGAGGAGGAGUGUCUCUCAGGAUCUGAUAAAAAAAGAGGAGGAGAGGAAAAUGAUGGAGCAACUGAUGUCAGGAGACCGCUGCAUCUCUCAAAGAAGAAAAAGCAUCAAAACCUACAGAGAAAUUGUGGAGGACAAGGAGCGGCGUGAGGAGGAGCUGCGGGAUGCGUACCGGAAAGCAAGAACUCCAGAGGAGGCGUCGGCCAUCCUCCAGCGCUACGCCCAGCGUUUCUCCAUCAGCGAGGCCGUCUUGGAGCGCCUUCAGCUGCCCAAGCUUCUGGACCGCAGCUUGUCGGCCGACCCUUCCUUUUCCACCUCGCCCUUCUCCCUCUCGCUCUCCUCCUCCCCCACAACUCCGGACCCUUUCGACGAGGCGCCCGAAGGGCCUCUUAGGUACCUGCGGCAGCAAUCUGCGCCGGCGCCACGGUUUACAUCCACACUGGAGGCGCAGAUUGAAGAGUUUCCCAAAGACUCAAGCUCACACCAGCGGCCUCAGAUCCGCUCUCGCUCUUCUGAACCACCGUCCACCCGGGCCCUGUCACCCAAACCGGUGCCUUUGCUGACACCAAAGCCUUACUUUCAGCCCCAACUGUCAUCUAAUGAAAAUUGGAAUGGCAAGGCGGACGGAUUGCUACGAGUAAACGGCGACAUCAGAAAUGAUGCCAGUUCUAUGAAGUCGGAGAGCAAAGAAAGGGACUCCCCUCCCCUGUUCCAGGCAUCUCCAGAUGCCCCCCCAUCAGACGCCUCACCCACUCGCGAUCCGCCCGCCUCCCCCGAAAGAGGAAGUCCAGUGUUAACAAAAACCAGCAGCAGACAGAGCAACAUGGAGGCAACUUCAGUCACUGAGGGUUCGCCCACUCCUACUCGGCCCACUUCUCUUCCCGAGGAGCUGAAGCAGCCAGAGGACAGCUUUGUGGAGACAGGAGGCCAGAAAGAAGCUGUUCAACAGGAAGAAAAGUCAACUACUGCAGCUCAGAAAGCGCCAUCUACAGAAUCUAAAUCGGAGAAGAUUCUUCCAACUGAGAUAAACACACCAAACGACCCGGCCGUAACAUCAACAGGAGAGGAGACGGAAAUGAAUUCAGCUGCACCCGUAUCGCUCGGACAUAACCCCCUGAGGGAAACGUCAUCAGAGUUUGAAAUCAGUGUCAGGUCCCCGCAGUCCUCCAGUAACCCUAAGUCACGCUGGGAGUUCUUCGCUCCGCCAGAAGCUGCAGAGAAAGAUCGAGAUGGAAAUGUGUCAGUCCCGGUGUUGGCCAAGGCCAGGCGGGGAGACCGCUGGUCUUGGGACCCGGAUGAGGAGCGAAAGCGUCAGGAGAGGUGGCAGCAAGAGCAGGAGCGCAUGCUGCAGGAGAAAUACCAGCGUGAGCAGGAGAAACUGAAGGAGGAGUGGGAAAAAGCACAGAGGGAGGUGGCAGAGGAGGAGAGGAAGUAUCAUGAGGAGGAGCGUCGGAUACUGGAGGAGACGGUGAUGCCUCUGACGCCCCGCUCCUCAGCCCUGCCCUCCCCCAGCCGAGGGGGGCUCUCCUCCACCUCCGAGCCACAGGAUACGAUCGUGCGUUCGCUGGCAGAUUGGGAACGAAAACAGGAGCUACUGGAGAGACAGUCUAGAGGAAGUACAGAGAGUGCAGAAUGGAAAAGGAAGGAAAAUGACAGAACCAGUGACAUCAGCACUGCUGACGACAGCAUGAAGACGGGCAGAAGCUUGGUGAGCCAGAACAGCAGUGAGGCAGAGAGACUUGGUCACAGUGUUCACAAUGGCCAAAAGCUUCCUCCUCCAUCCCCCAAAUGUUCAACUCCACCCAAGAAGCAAUCAGGGCCUGAAGGCACCAGAACCAGCCGGCCUGCUGGAGAACGAAGGUGCGGCCCCACUGAUAAUAAUGUAAGAAGCUCAUCAAAGUCCCUCGCAGCAUGUCCAUCAGCACCAGACACAUUUCCCCCACCGCCCAACAGGUCUGUCAGUGGGAAGAAGCUGUGCUCCAGCUGUAGUCAGCCUCUGGGGAAGGGAGCAGCCAUGAUCAUAGAGACUCUCAGUCUCUACUUCCACAUCCACUGCUUUAAGUGUGGGGUAUGUAAAGGACAGUUAGGCGACACAACCACGGGGACAGACGUCCGGAUCAGAAACGGGCUCCUCAAUUGCAACCAAUGUUACAUUCGUUCCCGCUCGGCCGGACAGCCGACCACAUUGUGAUGCUCAAGUGAAAAGCACAAGGUUUACAGAAGAAAGCCUCAUUCUCAUUUUAACCUAAUUAUCCACCAAUCACGUCCUGCGCAGCCUUUUGGGAUGUGUGCUUCCUCUGCAGCUCUAUGACCACCGAAGAUGCAUCAUAUGGGCCAAAUAGACAUCUGGGAACUGUUGAAUGUUUAAAACAAGGACUUAUAUUCUCUGUGCUCAUUUCAUCUGUUACAUGAGUGAAUUCUGGAUUCAAUUUAUUCUCGUCUUUCCAUAAAACAUGCUCCAUCAUGCAGUGAGUUUGUUUUAAGGCGGCAGCCAUAUUGGAAAGAAUCCACAUUGAACACACUGAGAAAAAUCUGACUGCUUUUGAAACUGGAAAAAAAAUCACAAAAAUAUGAUGCAAUCUGUUUUAGAUUAAAGAUUGAUGUUGUUCCAAAGGGUAAAAAUCGAUGUUGGGCAGAAAAUGAGAUCAGAUAACUCAUUCUGAAUGUUCUAAAGGUAUAAACACUACUACUUCAGGUAAAUAAUAUUUGAAUUUAUAUGGUAAAUUACAAAAGUACAAUGAAGCUAUGAAUGAACCUUUAGAAACACAUACAAUAUACAAAAGUAAAUAUUUUUUUCACCUUUGACUGUCAUAUAAAAGCUUUUGUUUCUGUAAAGAAUGUGAUUAAAUUCUACUAUAAAGGUAUAGAGCAAUUUGGGCUCAUUUUAAAGGCAGUAAUGUGAGUUGUGAGCUAUUUGGUUGCAGCAGAUUGUUCUUUAUGCAGUCUGUCUGGUUGUAUAGCCAACAGUUUAACGUGCCUUAGAAGGGGAAAGGAUCCACGAAGUAAAGCACCAGAUGUAUGGUGUCUUAUUUCUGCACUAUUUUCAUUUUGUGACAAGUGAUUUGGUCAAAUUCAAAGUGGGAAAGUGCAGAAAAGCAAACUCCAUCCCGCCGUCAGCCGCUUAAUCACUGCUGUUUAUUUUCAUACAAACAUAUUCAAUUUCAUCAUCUCCCUUUGAUUGCCCUGUAAUCUGUAAUGGUGAAUGACAAAAGGAAAAAAAAAACAUUUGUUACACAAUAUGCUGUGUUCUCCAUACCACAGGGCAAAUCUGGGUUUCAUUUUGAAUGUUUGUGAUAUUUAAUGUGUAAAAAUCAGGCUUAUUUUGGUCAUAUCUCAGCUGUAUAGUUCCUUUAUGCACCUGAAAAAGCAUAAACAUAAACAUUUGUUGUAUCUGAAACAUCUAUCAUCAGUAGAGGUAAUAUGAAGACAUACCAGCAGCAGCUGCACCUCUGCAAUAUUUGGUUGGUUUAAAACUAAAGACCUAUCCUGCCAGCUGCACAUUUAGGACUCUUGCUAAGAGCUUGGUUAUAUGUUGCGGGUGUGUUGAAAAAAAAUGCAUGUUUAAGCAUAAAACCAAAUGAUUUGCUGUAUGAAAGUAAAGCAGCCUAAACUUCCUUGUGCUGAACAGGCUUCACCUCCAGGGUCUUCUCUCACUUUUUCUGAUCUGCAGUAUUUUAGGAUCAUUUUCCAGCUGUUGUAUUUUUAUUUUAUUUUUUUUUAUCCUCAUUUAGCUGAUGAGUAAGUCAAGGACGAGUCUUUUAUAGCAGUAUCUUUGAGUCUGAGCUCCUCUCCCAGAGGGUUUUAACAGAACAGUAGGGGAAUGGAAACCUUUUGCAUCUGUACUGUAUUUAUUGUAUAAUAUUCACCUUGAACACUAUUCGGAAUAUAGUUUCAUUUGAUGUUUAAAUGCAAUGGCAUUUAUUAUUACAUUACUGUAUGUUUAUAAAUAAAUAUUAUAAAUCAAAGAUA